UGCUGUCAGCCGGCGGCUGACGCAGGGCGCUUCCUCCCGGGGAUGAAGACCCCUGCGGCGGGCAACCACCAGCCGCCGCGCCCGGCGCCGCUCGGGGCAGACGGGGACCCUCCGCGCCCGCGGUAGGGUGUCCCUCCCCUUUUCCUUCCCUUCCGCGCCCCGGAGCCCCCAGCAUGGAGCGCCCUCUCAACCUCAGCUGCUUUGCCGAUACGACCCCGGACACCGGCAACCGGAGCGGGAACUCCGCCGGUCCGGACGGGGACCGGGCGCACCUCUCUGUAUUCAGCGUGUUGGUCCUCACCCUGUUGGCCAUGCUGGUGGUGGCCACGUUCCUCUGGAACGGGCUGGUCCUGGCCACCAUCCUCCGGGUGCGCACUUUCCACCGGGUGCCCCACAACCUGGUGGCCUCCAUGGCCAUCUCCGACGUGAUGGUGGCAGCCCUGGUCAUGCCCCUCAGCUUGGUGCAUGAGUUGUCGGGGCGGCGGUGGCGGCUGGGCCGGUUGCUCUGCCAGGUGUGGAUCUCCUUCGACGUGCUGUGCUGCACCGCCAGCAUCUGGAAUGUCACAGCCAUCGCCCUUGACCGCUACUGGUCCAUCACUCGCCAUCUAGAGUACACGCUCCGCGUCCGGCGCCGCAUCUCCAAUAUCAUGAUUGCCCUCACCUGGGCACUUUCUGCCUUCAUCUCCUUGGCCCCACUGCUCUUUGGCUGGGGAGAGACUUACUCGGAGAACAAUGAGGAGUGCCAGGUCAGCCAGGAGCCUUCUUACACCAUUUUCUCCACCUUUGGCGCCUUCUACCUGCCCCUCUGUGUAGUGCUUUUUGUGUACUGGAAGAUCUACAAGGCUGCCAAGUUUCGAAUCGGGUCUCGGAAGAACAACUCUAUCACCCCCAUUACACGAGAAGGCCUGGAGGUAAAAGAAGCUGCCCAGCAGCCGCAGAUGGUCUUCACUGUCCGUCAUGCCACUGUUACGUUCCAGACGGAGGGAGACACGUGGAGAGAGCAGAAGGAAAAGAAAGCUGCCCUCAUGGUGGGCAUCCUUAUUGGGGUCUUUGUGCUCUGCUGGAUCCCCUUCUUCAUCACGGAGCUCAUCAACCCCCUCUGCUCAUGUGACAUCCCACCCAUUUGGAAGAGUAUUUUUCUAUGGCUAGGCUAUUCAAAUUCCUUUUUUAAUCCACUCAUCUAUACUGCUUUCAACAAAAACUACAACAAUGCCUUCAGGAACCUAUUCUUUAGGCAGCACUGAGCAGAAAAAGCUUUCCUGCUGUCCCAGGAAGAUCAUUUCAACUCUCAAUGAAUCCUAUCAAAUUCUUGAGGAAGAUCAAAGCCACAGGUACUGAGGUGAAUCCCCAUGGGUCAUACGUCCCAGCAACAGUCCUGGUUCCUACGCAGACUCUCCAUCCCCCUGCUAAGUCAGCUGCUAUUUUAACUGCAAACAGCAUGUAGAGUUUCUCUGGCCAGCAGCAUGGCAUUCUCCCUCCAGUGCCCUUUCCUAAUGACGUUCUGUUUGGUGACAGUAACCCUGCAGAGGAGUCUGCUGGCAAGGAGUCAUAUUUGAAACUGAUUUGGCUGCUGCCGGUCUCUCACAGCAUUAACAACUUUGUCCCAUGUGCAAAGCUGGGACCCUUUAAUGUCAAGAGAUUUUGUGAUUAUCUAUAAAACUAGGUAUUUUAUGGGUUGGAUGAAAAGACUGUCUUUCACUUUUAGAGAUUGUUAAGUGUUUGUUUGGGGAAAUAAAACCCUCAGUAAUGGUUAAGAGCAGACUCUAAGUACAAAGCCUUUUCUCACAUGCUAUAUCAACAGCGAAUUGUGCUAUUUGCUAUUGGUAUUCUGUGUAGCAAGUUGGGGUCUUUUAAAUUAUUUAUUGUGGAAGCUUAAUGCAUGGUGUACCCUGGAAUGAGAGAGAAUGCAUGGGAAAUCCACCUCUCGUUCUCUGACUGCUACGUGUGAGCAUCUGCCUCAGACCUUUACUUUCAGAAAUACCAGCCAUAAAUGUUAAUCUUUGUGUCUGUUGCUUCCCAUUUUAAACCAUAAAUGUAUUUUGAGCAGCUUUGGGGCAAGUUUCCGGUAAUUGCAGGGGAUUCAGGGAGUGUAUUUCCAAUUGCCUGUCAAUGAGGAGCUGUGUUUUACUAUUUCUGAGUGCAAUUCAGGUCUUCUUGAAACCAAAGGCUCCAGUCCUGUGUGGUCAUUAUUGCUCUGUUGCCUUCCUGCCUUUCCAUGUUGCCAACAUAAUUAUAGUAGUUGCCAUUUCACUCUUAGAAUUAGAAUUAUGCACUCUAUGCUGCACUGCUAGAAGACUGACAGGCCUUCAGAUAAAGAAAAGCAUUAGUUUUAGCUGUGGGUUGUAUGGGGCAGCCGCUGAAAUCAGACCAGAAUUGAAAUGGUGGAGAAAAACAUGAGACAGGAAUCAGAAUGACACGUUUUCGUGUCAGAUAUCUUAAGAAGAAGAGAUAAGAGAGAAAAAUGUCAAUAAAUCAUGGGAAAAACUCCCUGGGGUGGGUAGGAUUAGUUCCUAACCUUAGAAGAUUGCGAGACAUCAGAUGUUAAAAUUGUCAGCAGUCCUUUAAACCAGUCAAAAGUCCUGGUAGAGUUGGUAGUGAAAACCCUUUUUCUUUUCAUAUCUCAGGACAGGUGAAAAUGGAAGCAGAUCUCAAGGUGCUAUCAAGUGUUGAGGCUCUUUCAGGAGCAGUUAGACAAACAUUCAUCAGGACUGACAUAGAUGUAGCUGAUCCUGCCUUGUGGCAAGAGGAGAAAUAGGGUGGCCCCUGAGAUCUUUUUCAACACUAUUUGAUAAAAGUCUGUUUGAAAUAUUGGGUAAAAUCCUGCCCUCAAUGAAAGCAAUGGACAAAUUCUCAGUGAUUUCAAAUAAGUCAGAAUUUUAUCUAGCAUGUCUUGUCUUGUCAAAGUAUAGUUUUAAUGUUAAUUCAAAGAGAAGGGUGGGAUAGGAGCAAUCUUCAAACUCCCCUGAAAGAGUCUCUGAUCUGCACUAACCGUGGACCAAUUGGGAGAGAUUUCUUUGUUACAUAAUUUAAAGCCUUAUUAGUGACAUCUCUGAUGUACCAAAAAUUGUAAUAAACUCUUGAGAAGCUUUUUUUUUUUUUUUACUGGGGAUAUAAAGGUUUGCUUUCUGUGAAGAGUCCAUUGCCAAUACAGAGUUGUUCUUUUCAGGAACUUACCACUUGUCUUGUGUCAAGGGUUGUUUAGACAAAAAAGAGUUGAGAAAAAUGCUUCCUUGUCCAAGCCAGACCCUGAGCUAAGCUUGGUGGUGUCUGAAAGUAGGACACUACUUGUUAAGCCAUCACAGCAACACUAAUACUAAAGCAUGGAUUAACUGUGAAGCUGGACUUUAGCUCACCAUUUUCACUCAUAGCAUCAUGGCUAUACAACCCUGUUUCAGACUCAGCUGUGUUCAUCCCCAUUUUUAUUUGCUCUUUGUGAGUACUGCAGAUUUUCUAUCUGUGUUGUGUGGGAUCCUCACAUAGGCUGUGGAAUCAACUGCAAACUCAAAUCAGUGUCCUGUGUAAGGAGACAAAAAUUAAACUGAAAUUGAUGGGUAAAAUCCCCACUUCUGCAGCAGCUCAGUGCUGGGAUGGAGCUCUCUUUCGUUACACCCUGUGUUUCUUCAUGCUAUGCCUUAAACAGUGAAAGGAAGACAAAAGACAAUUUUAAAAUAACACUGGGAAAUUCUAACAUGUCUGUAGUCAUGGAUAAUCCAUCAUCCUGGUGUAAAUUACAUCCACGUUUAUUUGACAGUCCGCACCCCAUACAAUCCAUAUUGAUCUUGUGCAAAUAACAGCUUCCAGUUGGUCAUAAAUUUUGGGUUUCUUUCUUUGUUUUUCAAUUUUGACAUUAUCAGCAGCUAUUAUACAGGCCAAUUCCUACAACUCUUACUUGAGACUUAAGACCAUUGGCUUUUCUUCUAAACACCAUUCCUGCAAUGUAAUAUGACCGUGCAGGGAAAAUAUUAGUAUUCUGGAUAUUGUGCAAAAGAGUGGUACUGAAAUAUGCCAUGAUGGUCCGAGCAUAGUGAAGGGGCACAAAUAAACCUUGACUUCUGAUCCUGGCUCCGAGGCUUUUUACAAACCUCUCAGUAUUCAAACACAGAUGCUAAGUGGGCUCCCAGAGACCCAAAUCAUGUUUGAAGAUGUACACAGGCCCAGCUUCAAAGGAUGUAUCUUGUACCUUCUUGUUCCCGUUUAUAAAACAGAAUCAGUGGUGUGAAGAGAUCUGCCUCACCGAGGCUUUGUGAGGAUUAAUUAGUAAACGUUUAUCAUGUACCAGGAAGGUGGAACACUCCGGUUUGAAUGCCAAGCAGCAUUAUAAAUUGGACUUCGAUUUAAUUCCUCAGAAGAACAUUAUUGCCCAUUAUUAUUGAGUUGCCUAUGCAAUUUAAUGGCUAUGUAAUACUUCCAGAAGAGACUCAACUAACCUUCUUCCACUUGCAAUUAAUUUAUUUUACUCUCAAUGCCCUGACAGUUCAAUGAACAUCUGUAUGGGAGCUCAACAGCUAGGGCAAUGACGGCACAUUCUGAAUGCUGUCUGCUGAAUGUCUCCUUGCAGUGCUGAAAGCAUAUCGUCAAGGUUCAAGGAGCACCAGCUCUCCAGGCAGUCUGCUCCUGUGUUUCCUUUAUUUUUUAGGGAGAAGAAAAGGUCACAAAAGAAUGCC